AUGACCAAUAACACUGAGGCGCAGCCUUUUUUAGAAAGAUGCUCUAUAUGUUUUGAUUCAAAGCUGGACUUUUGCUUAGAGAAGUGCAGAGAUCAAUUUUGUCUGGAUUGCUUUCGAAAAUAUGUCAAUGAAGUUGUGAAAUCAAGUUGGGGCUUAAGUGUAACAGUUAUAAAGUGCCCGGUGUGCCGAGCAACAAUCCCUCCAGGUGAAUGGAAGAAAUAUUUGUCAGAAUCAACCAUUGAAAUCUACAAUAGGUUCAAUCGACCCUUCAGAAGCUUUUCUAAACACUGUCCAUCAUGCGAAAUGGAAGUGAUACCUUGCAACUCUUCGUCGACGGACAAAAAGCGGGUCUAUGUAAAAGGGUACACGAAGAAUAUCAUAAAAUUUUAUGAAAAAUAUCCCUCAGAGGAGCGGCAAGGACAUAAUCAGUUUGUACAAAUUUUCAACAAUUUAGAAUUUAGAAACUCAACUCUGUUUGAAAUUCAUCAUCAAUUACUUAAAAGCCUGUUGGAUUUAUGUCGCAAUAAUAAGGAAAGCGAACGAUCUGUAAAGGAUAUCUCUUUACAGAUACUGCAACUGGAAAUGCAACCUGAAACAUGGAGACGCCUACAAUUUGACCAUAUUUCAUUCUUUCCAAACAUAGAGUGCCUCAAUUGUCAGACAGAGUUCUGUUUACAAUGUGGAGACAAAGCGCAUGGUAACUUAAGCUGUGAAGAGUAUAUGGAGGAGCUUCUUCGUUUGAAAGGGAAAGACUCUACGUAUCUGGAUAAUGAUGACGUAAAAACCAUAGAAUGGAAGUUGAAGUACAGUCGUAGAUGCCCAAGUUGCUCAAUGAUGAUAAACCGUGAUGAGGGUUGCAAUAAAAUUGACUGUACUUUUUGUGGGUUCAGUUUUUGCUGGCAAUGUAGAUCAUUAUGGUCCAAGACUGAAUUAGGUUUGCCCAAUUUGGAUUUGAUUUAUGCCAAAUUAAAUGCUGGAAAAGAAGACUAA